GUACAUGUGUACUUGUUCAUUCGCAUGACAUUUAACUAGAUGAUAUAAAGGAUAUACACGCGACCUGUACAUAAUUAUAUGUCAUCUACUUUAUUCAUAUUUGUAUAUGGGACAAUAUAUACAGGCUUAAUGAGACAGUUAACAUAGUGGACAGAGUAAGGUUGUUUGUGUGGACUGAGUAUAGUUCAUUAUUAAGAUAUAAAUUAUUGAUUUAUGCUUAAUAACGUUUGAGUGCAUAUAUGUCGUCAAUUGCUGUAACUAGAGUCGGUGAUGAUAACGGGGUAUAUUUGAACCUUAAAUUGAUGUUGGAUAUUAUUUGCAAAGCAUGAACAUGACUGACCUCAAAAGAACCAUCACCGGCUCCAUACAAGAAAAAGAGACAGUGUCGGUCGCUGUGACAUCAUGGCGAAGGUUUCUUAUCGGCCCAGUUGUAGGUCUUUACAUGACGGGCUAUAUGCUUUCGUAUUUCACGAUAAUAGAAUAUACAAACGCAACAUGGCGCGAGAAGAAAUUCAGAGAGGCAAAUCUGACAAACGUUAAUGCUACCUCCAGUGAUUCACUCUGUGACGUAAACGCGACGGAUCCAGCGUACAAAGUUCAAGACGAGGCGACGUCAAUGGCGUCAAAAUAUUUAGUGUACUUUUCGACUGCCCAGGGCGCACCAGCAAUAAUCUCCAAUAUUAUUCUUGGUUCAUACUCGGAUGCCUUGGGCAGGAAGUUUCUAUUGUUUGUGGGAGUAAGUGGUACUGGUCUUCGAUUGAUUAUAUCCACGUUUAUCAUCAACUACAAUGUGAAUUUGCUGUUUUUCAUUUGCGCUUGCCUUGUUGAAGGGUGCACCGGACAAUUUACAACAGUAACGCAGGCGUGUUUUGCUUACAUUGGUGACGUCACGGUUAUCUCAUCAGGGCGUACAUACGGAAUGGCGUACAUUAUGAUUAACCUAGCUCUGUCGCUGAUCGCAUCCAGCUAUAUAGCAGGGUUUUUGAUACAACACUAUGGGUUUCUGGUCCCCAUAGCCACGGCAGCCGGACUUUUGGUGAUAACCUUAAUGGUUGUCGUUCUUUUUCUACCAGAGUCAUUCCCUUCCGAGAAAAGAACCAGGGAACGUGAUUUGCGGACGAUGCUUAAGAAUAGCCUGUCGUUUGUUGUAUCGAAGACCCGUGAUAGAUGGAAAUAUCAGCUCAUCUUCGCAGCUCACGCAUUCAGUGAAUUUGGGUUUAUAGGUAAAGUAUUAGAAAAACGUCGCCUCGGCGUGGAAACACUGUACAUGAUGGCACAUCCGUUUUGCUGGACCUCACAGGAGGUUGGCCACUACACGGCGUUACGCACCCUCGCCGUCAUGGUGUUUGGUAUGGGGCUUGUACGGCUAUACAAGAUGCUGUUAUCAGACGUCGGCAUCGCCAUGUUUGGGGUCGCCUCUUACGCUACAUGCUUUUUCAUGGAAGCCUUGGCGAACAACAAUUCUCUUCUGUAUAUAGCUUUAGCAGCUAACAGUUUUACGGGUCUGGAAUCGGUGAUGAUCCGCAGUAUUGCCUCAACAUUGACGGACGCCAGUCGACAGGGGGCGCUGUUUUCGGCCUUCGCUGCCGUCGACGUGACAAUAAACCUCCUUAGCGACAUCGCCACGGGCACGCUGUACUCGUUAACAGUCGGCAUUCUCCGUGGCUUUGUGUUUAUUGUGCUCGGUGGAGUGCAAGUAAUAGCAUUCCUAUUACUGUUAACCUUGCUGAUAGGAUGGCACAGAGAACGGAGACUGCAGUCGACAGAAAAGAUCUAGACCUAUGGGAAUCAAGAACUUCCUGUACAUGUGUGCUUAGUACAACUCAAGCUACACUUCAUUAGUAUCGUGGUGAUAACUUGAUAAUGAUAAUGUUUAUGUUACCAAUGGAUUUAUGGCUUGUUGAAUUUGAAUUAAGUAACUGAAUCAACACGACCAACAACAUCUAUGUAGUAUCAUCUCAUCAGCAAAACGCGCAUAGUGUAAAGGAGGAGUGUUGUCUUUAAUGCCGUCAAGAACCGUUCGUGACCCAAUGAAUACCCUUCGGAAACACCAAGCAGUUGUAAUUAAGCCAGUUCGUUUUGCAGUCGAGGAGGACAACCUACUGAAUGACUAACACCAUUGCAUGGUUAUGUUGCCAGGUUAAUGUAGUGAGCUUAUUUCCACUGAUGUGUAGAUUAUGACCUCUGCCAUAGUGUCAUUCAACAUAGAAGGUUUCGGCGAAUAUUAUUGCCUCUUUACUAUCUUGUUGAUUCAUCUGGUGUUAACCCAGAUUGAAUGGAUUUGAGGAAUGUAGUAACCAUAUUUUUGCGUUAAAAUCAAUUGUUAAACAUUCUGAUAAGAUAUAUUGGGCAGUAGCUCCGCGAGUUGUAAAAGGAAAUGUUGCGUUUUGAAUUUUACAUUAUUGUGUGCAAAAGAAAACACUUAUUAAAUCGUGUUAUAAGAACGCAAACAAUAAAGCGAAUUCGUGCGACAUUUGCCGGACUGCACCUUAUGUCAUUAUUACGUGUAGGUUUAAAAUGCAAUAUAAAGUGCAAGUGUGUGUAAAACUAACGAUCACAUGUAUAAUAUUUGCCAUAUCAAUAAAUCUUCAUAAUCAACGAGCUUAAAAAAACAAUUGAUUCAAUAGUUUACUCUGACAUCACAUUUAAAAUGCAUGUGCACGAAUAAGAAAAGCUCGGUAUCGUAUUGAAAAUAACAACAUUUUUCGUUAGCUUUGUUUAUAUUAAACACAUAUCGCUGAUA